AUGGCGACUCGGAAGGUCCGAUACAAGAAACUAAGCGUGAAAACACCUCUACCAGUUAUCCGAGAAGACCAAAUCGAUCCGACCGAGUAUGAAUCACUCACAAACGAGGCCCAAAUCUCGACCGGAGUCGAGCAGGCUGAGGAAAAUGAAUACCAUCUUCAGGCCGUGUUGCAAGGCGCGGGGGUCGCGGCAGACAAGGAGAUCCCUGUGCCGCCUCCAGAACAGAGCACGCUCAACUUUGAUGAGCUCUAUUCCCAGCGCUUCUCCAAGACGUCCACUUACAUUCGCUUCUCCCAAACGGUGGAAGAAUGUAUAGGGUGUAUGUAUGACAUGACGGAGGACGAUGAAGCCUUCCUCAAGUCCUACAAUCAGAAGCGAACGGCUUCGGCCCAGCUUUCCGACGAUGACUUUGAGAGGAUCAUGGAGGUGUAUGAAGACACCGCAUACAUCAAAGCUCCCUAUGCGGCGGUAGAUCAGACUGCAGUUGCCUAUGACGAGAUGCUCCAGGGCUUACAGGAACUUGACAAAGGCAAGGUCAUGCCCCAUGCCAAGGACAUCCAUGAGUAUUGGAAGUCGAGGCGGCAAGCGUUGAGCAACCGGCCCCUGCAUCCAAUCAUCAAGUUCGAACUUCACCAGGAGAGCGACGACAUGGAUCCAUAUGUCUGCUUUCGUCGUCGGGAAGUCCGACAGACUAGGAAGACGAGGACUCGGGAUGCACAUGUUGCAGAUAAACUCAAACGGCUGCGCAAAGAGCUCGAGGAGGGUCGCCAGCUGGCCUUGGCUGCGCACAGUCGAGAACUUCUCAAAGCAGAGAUGCUUAAGACAGACCGCGCCAUCUUUGAGCAAAGAGCUCAGCUGAAGGAGCAGAAGAUCAGGUUAGGUAUAAAGACAGAUGACGAAGACCUAAUCAACCAAAAGCCGCAAAAGAGAAAGGCGCCCGAUGCUCCUGCCAUCCAGCGGGCGCCCGUGCCUGCACAGCUUCGUCUGCCUCCUCGUCCAGAUGGUCGACAGGGAGAAGCAGACCUCGUGCACCUGUCAGAUCGGCUCGCUGAGAAGGAGAUGGAUCUUCGUCUCGCUGUCCAGUUGAAGGCCACGAACCAUAGUGAAUGGAACAGGAACCAUGUGGACCUCACUUUGGGACCACUGUCUCCGGUUCAGGGGCGGCGCCCGGACCUCAGCUUUAGGCCAGCCAAGACACAAUACUUGAUGACACCCCCAGCAUCGGCGUCUUCAGCAUCCGCAGAUGAACCGGCCCCGAUGGAUCUUGAUAGACCAGAGUAUGCCCCACCGGUAUUCAAGUUCAGGGGUGUUACCCAGGAUGAGGAUUCGAGAGAGAAUCCGCCGGCGUAUCGGCGGCGGAUAGGUCGACUCAACCGCCUAUGGAUCGAUCGUCGUGGUUUGGUGAGUCCUCCACGGGAAAGUAGCGACGAAAAGUCGGACCGGUGGAAAUAUGACCAAUCAUCGGACGAUGAAGAAGACACCCCGAUGUAUGAGGCAGACCCGUUCGACACGCCUGCUCUGGCUUUCCGAGUGUCAGUAGGCCUACCGAAUUUUCUGACAGGCCGAAGCGGUGUGGCGCAAACUCCUGCUCCUCGGUCGGCAAUCCUCCCACCACCACCACCGCCUCCACCUCCACAGCAACAACCUCUUCCCCAACCAUCUCCACAAAGGCAGCCAGUCUCAUGA